UCCUGGGAGGCUGCUCUGCUGGGAAAGGAAGCGAGAAGCGUGUGUUUCUUGACAGGUCAGGGUGGGUACCUUGGUUGGUUGGUUGGUUUUGCACGUGAGCAAGAGCAGCAGAACUCGUAAGAGCGGCAUGAAGAGGACUCGGGCAGAGGAAGGAGAGAAGGAUGCGAAGAAACAAAAACUUCUGGAUGAACUUGGAGAGAACUGCCUUCCAUAUCUGACGCCAAAAGAUGAUGGUUUCUACCAACUGUGGAAGGCAAAAUAUUCCAAACUUAUCCUCAGGAACACCAAGACGAUCCCUAAAGACAUUCAUGAAGAAGUCCAAAAAGCCUUUUUCACUCUACGAAAGCAUGUUUGUUUCUUCCAAGAUCUUGUAAGGAUCAAAGGGAAGGAUUUUGUUACCCCCAUAUCUCGUAUAUUAAUUGGAAACCCGGGUUAUACUUACAAAUAUUUGAACACAAGGUUAUUUACAGUCCCUUGGCCUAUGGAAGGAUAUGAAAUAAAUUAUUCACAUCCUGAAAUAUCCCUGGCUUGUAAAGCACUAAUCAGGCUUAAUGACUACUUGCAGAGAGAAUCCUUGCUGGUUUUGCAAGAGCAGGAUUUGGCCGAGACAACAGGAAUGCAAGAUUCUCCCGUCGGGGACGGGAAUCAAGAUUACGCUACUAACAUUACAGUGAUGGAAGCUGUUUUGCAAGAUCAAAGCCCUUCUCGAGUCCCAAAGAAUGACUCUACCGAUCUGAAAGAGAGAACAUCUUACAAUCUGACAUUAUUAAAUUAUAUGGAUCCACAGAAAAUGCCGUCCUUGAAACUAGAGCCAUAUUUUGGCAUGGGGAGAAUGGCUGUGAGCUGGCACCAUGAUGAAAAUCUAUUGGAAAGGUCAACAGUGGCUGUCUACAGUUACAGCUGUGAAGAAACGGAUGGUGGCGUCCUUGAAGAAAACUCUGCAAGUGGCAGAGAUCCUGAUGUUUGGCAUGUGGCCUUGAAAGUAGCUUGGGAUAUUCAGACUCCAGGCUUAGCAGUUCCACUUCGCCAGGGAGAUUGCUACUUUAUGCUAGAUGAUCUGAAUAUGACUCACCAACAUUGUGUGUUGGCUGGCCGGCAGUCAAGAUUCAGCUCCACCCACAGAGUGGCAGAAUGCUCAACGGGGACCCUACCAUAUAUUCUGGACAAAUGCAAUGCAGCCCUUGAAAAUUUGAACACCGAUGCUGAUUUGAGGUGCCCAUCUCUGAAAUCAUUGGAAGUUGGAGAUAUAAAGCGAGUGGAAGAAGCUCACAGUGAGGUGGAGUUUGAAUGGUUACGACAGUUUUGGUUCCAGGGUAAACGAUACAGAAAAUUUACUGACUGGUGGGACAAGCCAAUGGCAGAUCUGGAAGAGCUUUGGAGACAAAUGGAGCUCAUGGUAUGUUUUGAUCAAUGCUUUAUCCUCUCGGGACUGCAUCCUGUAUUGCUAUUUACUGUUGCUACCAAAUCAUUAAAUAACAGGCUGAGCAACCUAUAA